AUGGAUAAUGAAAGAAGUUCUGGUGUUUACAUAUAUCAUGGUCAGAAAGAAAUUGUAUGGGAAGUUUUGUGGUCGUCUACAGAUCUUAGUGAUAGAUAUUGCCUGGAAGAUCAAGAACUUGUGCCUGCAGGAUGUGGAGGAAGAAGAUUUCCCCAGACUGUAACUUCUGAAGCGGCAAAAAUUGGAUCUGAGAACAAAUUCAAGGACAACAGAUGGGUGAUUGAAACCAGGGACUUGAGAAGAGUUGAAGAUCCUGAUAUGGUAGAGCAAAUUCGAGAGGCAAAAUGGAUCUGGGAAAUGUAG